AUGAUCGCGACCGGUAAAUCGGGUUCACCUGCCAACAGCAAGGAGCUUUACGAUCCGAAAGCCGUGGAACGGAUUGAAGACGAGACGGACGUUUGCAUAGUUGGCGCAGGACCCGCUGGCCUCAGUGCUGCCAUUCGGAUCAAGCAAUUGGAACGCGAGAAGGGGAAGGACGUCCGUGUUGUCGUAUUGGAAAAAGGAGGGGAAGUAGGUUCGCAUAUCCUCUCUGGAUGUGUACUCGAACCACGGGCACUCUACGAGCUACUUGGUGAUCCUUCUACCUACGCGGCGACCUACGGAUCAGACGCGCCUCUAGGACAGGCAGCUACCUCGUCCAAAAUGCUGUAUCUGACGGACAAGUCAGCUCUUCCGAUACCGCACCCCCCUCAGAUGGGAAACAAUGGAAAUUAUAUAAUAUCUCUAUCUGCCUUUACGCGCUGGUUGGCGACUGUUGCGGAGCAACAUUAUGGCGUUGAAAUUUACCCCGGAUUCUCGGGUGCGGGUUUGUUAUUCAGCGAGGAUGCCAGGGCAGACGAUCCGUGGAAUGAGUGGGACGGGAAAUGGGGUAAAGAGGUCACUCGUAUAUCGCCCGAAUUUAAAAGCGUGCAGGGCGUCAUUACCAAUGACGUCGGUAUUUCACGCACUGGUUACCUCAAGUCGAAUUUUGAACCUGGAAUGGUCUUCCGUUCAAAGGUGACACUAGUCGCUGAGGGAGCUCAUGGGAGUCUGAGUAAACAAGUAUUGGGAAAGUACAAUUUGCGGAAGGAGAGUGAGCCACAAACUUAUGGCUUUGGUGUCAAGGAAGUAUGGCGUGUUGCUGCAGAAGACGGAAGUCAAAACGACGGGCGAUACAAACCAGGCGAAGUAGUCCACACACUUGGUUGGCCCAUUGAGCCGCAGACCUAUGGCGGUGGUUGGGUGUAUCACAUGGAUGGUGGACUAGUAAGUUUGGGGCUGGUUGUCGGGGCGGAUUGGAAGAAUCCAUAUAGAGAACCGUAUCGGGAUUUCCAGAUGAUGAAACACCACCCUUACUUUAGGAAGCUUUUGACGGGGACCGACUCGUCGUUCACGCCAACCCGUGUCGCUUAUGGUGCUCGCGUGUUGACAGAAGGAGGUCUACAAUCUAUUCCCCUUCUUCAUUUCCCUGGUGGUGCAUUCAUUGGUUGCUCCGCCGGGUUUGUCAACAUUGCCAAAAUCAAGGGUGUCCACAAUGCUAUGAAGACAGGGAUGCUUGGAGGCGAGGGUGCAUUCGAUGCGCUUGAAACGGCGAACGAAGAUAAACCUGCGGACCUUUCAUCUUAUUCACGCGCCUUUACCAAAUCGUGGGUGUAUGAUGACUUAAAUGAGGUUAGAAAUAUACGACCGUCGUUUGCGACAAGCUUGGGAAUGUGGGGUGGUGUGGCUUAUUCGGGUAUAGAUACGCUACUAUUGAAGGGCCGUACCCCCUGGACUUUCCGGCACACCAAGGAGGAAACACGAAAGAAAUACAUUAACGCCACGCCGUCAUUCGACUCUGCGCAUACGGAACCUGCAUCCAAACAUAACUCGAUCAAAUAUCCUCCCUUUGAACCGCCGUUGUCGACCGAUUUGAUGACAAGUGUAAUGUUGACUGCAACGAACCACGUUGAGGACCAGGUACCGCAUCUGAGGGAAUGGUAUGGCGAGGGAGAGGAAGGGGAACUGGACGUCAAAGCCAGGCGAAGGAAGCAUGUGGAAGUCAAUGUCGGUGAAUACGCUGGGCUACUCGGUCGUGCCUGUCCCGCCGGGGUUUAUGAAUAUGUCGAUGAUGAGGCGUCUAAAACUUCGGAUGACGGGGAGGGUGCUCAAGGCAAAAAGUUGGUAAUCAAUGCUCAGAACUGCAUUCAUUGUAAGCUUUGCGACGUGAAGGUGCCCUCUCAGGACAUCACGUGGACAGUCCCCGAGGGCGGAGGAGGUCCGAAAUACAGUGAGUCACCUGAAUUAAUUGCACGACUGGGUUAG